CGUCCGACGACGCCUCAUGUCCAGAUUCCUCAACGCCUACACCGCCCUCUCCCCAACCUCUUCCCGCUCUGAGGUCGCGCAAGUCCUCCAGACUAUCGCAAAUGCACUCCCCCUGCAGAUCGACGAUGCUAAACGCGGAGAGCUCAUACAGACCAUUAUCGACGAUCUGACGAAAUCUAAUGCUAACGGCGGCAAGAAGAGCAGGCUCACAACGAAAGAUGCCGCACCUGCUCUCCAAGCCGUCAAACAUCUAGGCAAGAAUCCCGCAGGGUCCGAGGUCAUCGCCUCCCCUGCGAAUCUCUCCGCCAUGCUAUCCUUCUCGCGGACGUUCAAGGACGAUCCCGAGGCCUCCAACGAGGCUAUUCGAUGUGUGGCGAACGCGAUGCUCCUCGUGGACCAGGCGCGUACCACGUUUAUCAAGAAAGAGGUCGGAGGCGGCGACUUUGCGAUGGACCUUCUGGAGAAAUCUGGAAUUCCCGAGCGCAUAUUCCUGGCUUCCCGCCUUCUGUUCUUGUCCACGGUCUCUAUCUUUGCUGCCGGCGAACUCAUCAAAUCGCUCGUCGAGUCAAAACCGGCCGGCCACCCGGGCAAUGUCAUCGAGAUCAUCGGCACUAAGCUCGACCAUCUGACGCGGGGCAUCCUCACCGGCACCAAAUUUGCACGCGAAGCCAUGACCGACCUAUUGAAGUUUACGUUUAAUCUGUUGCUACACUACCCUAAGCUUGUCGAUGAAUCUAGUAAUACGAACGAACCGAAAGUAAUGGGCGACUGCUGGAGUGAUCGUUUGGACGGUAUCCUUCCCUAUCUCUUGCGCACGUUCAGCACGCUACCGCCCUCAUUCCCCGCUCCACUCGCCGCCCCCCUGACCCAUGUCAUCCACUCCCUAAUCACGAUCCCGGUCUCACCAUCUCUGCGCACCGUAUGGUUCCCCCGCACGACGAACAGUCGCGGUUCCCCCAUCCCGCCACCCUCGAAAGCAUCAAGCUCAUCAGAUACAUCAGGCAAGCCCUCGCGGACGUCCAGCAGCAGCAGUAGUCAAGCAGGCUCGCCAACAGGAGGGCCGGCCAAGGACCCGAAGCCCGGCGCGUUCGACCGUGCCUGGUCUGCCCUGGCUGCGGGCCGCCGGUCGCUAUCACGCUCGUCGUCUCCACAUGCGAUGACAACACCCAUCGACGUCCUGCUGCGCUCGUAUGACUUGUUGGACGUCUCGCUAAACCACUACAUGCCCGGUACGGUCGAACCCGAUGACGGGAGCGUGCGGGAACGGUGUAAGGGCGAGACGGACCAGUCACUCGACGAUGUCCUGACGCCGCUCGCGGUACUCAUUACAAAGCUGUGCCAGGCGGACGAGGGCUCGCGCAUGCGCAUGCGCGCGUGGAUACUACCCGAGGACCUCGACCGCACAAGUCCGUUGGAGGGCCGCGCGGACCUGUUAGGCAGGCUGCUGCGGCUGCUCGCGUCCGUGCACUACGCGAAGCUCAAGAAUGCCGUCGGCGAGAUGCUGUUCGCCGUGUGCGAUUCGGACGCGAGCACGCUGUCGUCGUACGUCGGGUACGGAAACGUUGCCGGCUUCCUGUUCAACAAGGGCAUCAUGAGCGCGCCGCCACCGCCGCGCGGGUCGAGCGGCGCGGCGGGCCCUGCCGCGAUGUCGUCGGGCGUGCCCAUCAACCCCAUUACGGGCAUUGCGGAGCGGCCAGCGGCGCCUAUCGAGAUGUCGGACGAGGAGAAGGAGCGCGAGGCGGAGAAGCUGUUCGUGCUGUUCGACCGGCUGGAGAAGACGGGCGCGCUCCCGAAGGAGAACAACCCGAUACGCAAGGCGAUCCAGGAGGGCAAGCUCGGCUGAGGCUCCGUUCAGCGCGUCCAGGUGCGGAUGGGGAAGGGAAUGGAGGGGAUACGCGCUGGUUUUUGUUUGUUUUUGCUUCCUGUUCCGUUCUCUAAUCGUUUCCGUUCCGUCUCAGCGCGCUGCUAGCACCGCGGCGCGCGUGUCCCAGAACCGCUAAGCUUAUUGCCAGGCCCGGACUGGCGCGUAUACCUUUGUGACUACCGCUGCGCCGUUGACCGUAGUCCGCGUUCUGUACAUACCCUCCGCACGUCCCCACACGCAGCCGUCCGUCUAGCCUACGCUACAUUCGUCUAAUAUGACAUAGUGCUCUCGCUCUCGCUCUAUUCCCUUCUGCUCUUCCGCCCUCCUUCUGUGGCUUAGACAGCGGUCUCGGAAGAUGUCGGCU